UGUGCGCGUCGUCGCAGUCCCUCGUGAACCACGUAAACAAAACACGGAACGGAGAUAGACAACCCUCGCUUUUCCUACAUUUCUAAGGAAUUUCUGCGUCAAUUAGCCUCGUACAUCUUACAAAAUGAAAGAAGAGGAGAAGAAAGAAGAGAAGCAUAAGUGUAAAACGAGGGACCUGAUGUACAAAUUGAUUAUUAGCCAGCUGUAUUAUGAUGGACACCAGACCUUUGCGCAGGACUUGGCAACACUUGUUGACCAAGAGGCCAGUGCUGUGGCUCCCUCGGACAGGCUCAUGAAUGUGCUCAGUCUCGGACUGCAGCAUGAACACGAAAUGGAGCGACCCCUGAACAGACUGGAAUACACGUUAGGCCCUGGCUUGGACCUCGAAUAUGAGACAGAGCCACAGACGUCAGCCCCAGAGCCCGCAAUGUAUGAGACAGCUUAUGUGACCUCGCACAAGGAUAAGUGCCGAGCUGCAGCCUUUUCGCUGGAUGGGAACCUCGUGGCUACAGGGAGCGUUGAUGCAUCUAUUAAGAUCCUAGAUGUAGACCGUAUGUUGGCUAAAAGUGACCCAGACGCUGUAGAGCUUCACCCGGACGCUGUGGUGGGUCAUCCAGUCAUCCGUACCCUCUAUGACCACCUGGAUGAGAUCACCUGUCUGGAGUUCCACCCACGUGAACAGAUCCUCAUCUCAGGCAGCCGUGACACCAAUGUCAAGAUGUUUGACUUCAGCAAGACGUCAGCUAAGAAGGCUUUCAAAACACUUACAGAUGCUGAGCAAGUAACAAGCAUGUCAAUCCAUCCCAGUGGAGACUUCCUGGCAGUAGCAACAGAAGGUCCUGUGGUGAGGUUUUAUGACAUCAACUCCUGCCAGUGUUAUGUGUGUCCUUACCCACGCGAGCAUCAUACUGGACCCCUGACUUGUGUGCGUUACUCGGCUGAUGCAAGAGUCUGCGUCUCUGCUUCAAAGGAUGGCCAUGUUAAGGUUUGGGAUGGAGUGUCUGGUCGCUGUGUACAGACGUUCUCAAAGUGUCACGAUGGGAUGGAGGUCUGCUCUGUCCUCUUCUCCCGUAAUGGAAAGUACAUCCUGUCGUCUGGGCUGGACAGCGUGGUGAAACUGUGGGAACUGUCGAGCGGGAGAUGCCUCAUUGCCUACACUGGGGCAGGUUCUGUUGGCCGCCAGGAACACAGUGCCCACGCCAUGUUCAACCACACAGAGGACUUUGUAAUGUUUCCAGAUGAAGCUACGACGUCCCUCUGUGCUUGGGAUGCCAGGAAUGCACAGAGGAAGAAUCUACUUUCCCUAG